AAUCUCCAGCUAUUACGCGCACCGCAACCCUCUAUAUAUCUCCCUCUCCAUAUCAAUCCACACCCAAUAUUUUUUCAAUCUCAAUACUUUUCAUGACCUACUCUUCCUCCUCUUUCACCCUAUAAACUCGAUCUCUUUUUCUACAAAAUCUACACCGAUUUCUGUGGUGGAGAAUACCUUGAAUCCGUAUGCACCAACAUCUUUCUCGUCUAUCGUGUCGUGGAGAGGAUCUGAAUCCAUUUUUUUUGGGGACAAAAUUUACAUUAAUAUUUUACUCGGUUAUAUUUCGCCGCCUGUUGAUAGUGGAGAUGAUCUGAAUCCAUUUUAUGUCAUGGGUUGUUGUUUCUCCUUCUCUACCAGCAAAGCCGCCGCCUCUCCUCCCACCACCGCGAUCGUCAUCGCAACCGAUGGCUCCCUCACCGAACACUCCGUCCCCGUGACGGCCUCCAAAGCCCUCGGCAUCGACCAUCUGACACGCUUUCUGUGCAACUCCGACUCUCUCUCCUUCGAAAACUCCGUACCCCCACUGAACCCCCACGAUCUCCUCGAAGAGGAUCAAAUAUACUUCGCUCUGCCCAAAAGCAAGCUCGGGUGUCCUCUAACGGGCGAGGACAUGGCGGCUUUGGCCGUUAAGGCGAGCGCGGCGAUGGCGCUGGCUUCGAGGAGGAGCGGCAGGAAGAGGCGGGAAAUCAGGGUCUCGCCCGCGCCGGUGGCGAACGAGGCGACGGCGGCGAGGAUGGCGAGGCAGAGGUCGGUGAAGGAGAAGAUUGGGAGGAGGAGGAGUGCUUCGAUGUGGGCGAAGGCGGUUAGGAGGUCGCUCCGACGAACUCUGAGUACGGUUGAGGAGGGUGAUGAAUGAAUAUUGAAGACAUCCACUAAUUUUAGCUGUAGGGUUUAGUUUGUGAACUCUUUUUCAUUUUAUUUUAUUUUAUUUUAUUGGAGGGGUUAUGGGUUUAAUCCUGUACUUUGUAAAUAUGAUGUGAGGAUUAGUGAAGUUUUUAGUUAAUGAGUCA